GACGGGCACUGGAGCAAAAUUCAUCCCUACUUAACAUGUCAAUCAGGAUUAAUGCCCUUACAAACCUCCCAUUUAGGUUCAUCCAGGUUCUCUCACUAGUGGAAGUACCGAGCCAGGGCAGAGGCGGUAAUAUAUAAGGCAGGACAGGACAGGAACACAACACCAAAGCACAGAGGUAGCGCACACUACGGAGCGUCGCCUGGACUUGUGUUUCACGUUUGUGCUCCUCGACGGUAGUUGACAGGCGUAAUGACUGAUCGCUCACUCAUUUAGAGAGCGUGAUGCAUGUACUCUGUCAGAGCGCUUCAAGUCAUCCAGCGCUGCUUUAAAAACAUUUUUCGCCUGUGGAUUACUCAUGCAACACUGUAGAUGAUACUGUUUGCAUGCGGGUAAAGUUGCAGGAGCUCAGAAGUCGCUGUUUGUGCACUUAGUUCACUGUUGGCGGAUAUCUGCGGUGCACGUUAACUUGCAGCGUAAACAUACUUACAGACUGUCCUUGAGCACGUUCCGAAAUGGAGCUGAAGAGCGUGUGUCGUAUGCUUCUUUUCCCGGUUCAAAUGCUCUAUUAUAUAGUAAGAGCAAGUUUGAUGUCGCUGUUGCCAAGCAGAAGAAAAGACCUGACUAAGGAGGUGGUAUUGAUCACUGGUGGAGGAAGAGGCAUCGGUCGACACCUGGCCAAAGAGUUUGCCCUGCACGGGGCCAGGAAGGUGAUCCUAUGGGGUAGAACAGAAAAGUGUCUCAAAGAGACGGCUGAAGAAAUCUCCCUCUCUGGAACAGAGUGCCAUUACUUCCUGUGUGACGUGGCCAAUCGGGAGGAAGUUUACAAACAGGCCAAGGUGGUUAGAGAAAAGGUCGGCGAUGUUACGAUAUUGGUGAAUAACGCAGCAGUCGUCCAUGGCAAGAGUCUGAUGGACAGCGAUGAUGACGCGCUUCUGAAAUCCCAACAUAUCAACACUAUGGGGCAGUUCUGGACAACAAAAGCCUUCCUGCCUCGAAUGCUGGAGCUGCAACAUGGCCAUGUAGUAUGCAUUAAUUCCAUCCUGUCCCAGUCCCCGAUCCCUGGGGCCAUAGAUUACUGCACUUCCAAGGCCUCGUCGCUGGCCUUCAUGGAGAGCCUGACGCUGGGCCUGCUGGACUGUCCUGGUGUUGGCUGUACCACUGUGCUUCCUUUCCACACAAAUACAGAGAUGUUCCAGGGCAUGAGAGUCAGGUUCCCCCAGCUCUUUCCACCCCUCAAACCGGAGGUAGUUGCCCAGAGGACGGUCGAUGCAGUCAGAACUGGCAAGGCUUUUCUCUACCUGCCCUGGACAAUGCACGCUCUUGUCAUUCUCAAAAGCUUCAUGCCACAAGUUGCACUUGAAGAAAUCCACAAGUUUUCUGGGAGUUACACCUGCAUGAACACAUUCAAAGGGAGGACAUGAACCUGGACUGUGCACAGUAUGAGAGCGACCUCAACAGUCCUUGGGCGUGAUGAAGGGAAUGUGGACCUUUACACAUGUGAAAGUGGAGGAGGCCCCGUGAUAGUGUGACGACAAAUACUUAGAAUACAUGCAAGGGUGUCGCUUCUGCAGUUAAAAGUAAUUGAUGAACUGCUCAAUACACCCUGGUCCAACAUGUAUGUAUAUAGUACGGAGGACUAUUGCAGUUCUCACCUUUAUCUGAAGCCAUGCAUAGAUCUGUACCAGUAGUUAUUCUGGGAGUUUCUUGACACGUGUUUUGUUGUCUGUUUUUUACAUGUUUUUUUUUUUGUUUUUUUUAUUCUUCCGUUUUAAUAUGUCUUUGAAUCAAAACAAGGUAAUAAAAUCGAGUUUUAGAAUUGCACUUUCUCCCUUUGUGCAUGAUGAAAAUAGAAAAAGUGAACACUUGGGAGGUAGACAUUGUUUUGUAUCAGGGUUUUGACUCCCAUGGCAGUGCGAUAACAGCUUUGAUUUAUUCCAAGCGUGAGAUCAGUGACUGUGACAGACAAUGUUGUCAAAACAUAAAAUGCACUCAUGGGGGCCAUAUGGGGCAUAUUCCUGUUUGUUCUGUGCUGUCAGAAAAUGGUACAGGGAAUCGUGUAAAUCUCAAUAAACAUAAUGAACUCAAACAAGUCAGUCAGGCCCUUCUCAUGCGUGCACAAUGGUCUUAACUGCAUUCAAUGAAUGUAAUCAGCCAGAAAAACUUUAUUGUACCUAUUGCAGACAGCCAUUGGAAGGCCUUAAUAAUUCAAAUAAAGAGUGUUUUUGUCUUUUAUUAAGAUAAUAUGUCAGAUUUUAUUUUUAUGAUCUUGUCUCAUAAUCAUCCAGUCUUAAGAUGUCUGCAACUGCUGCACAUUUGUGUUAGAUUAUAUAAAUGUGAUUUGAAUAACCAAAACCUGAGAGGCUUGCAUUACAGAAAAAAGGAUGUGACAGUAUGGGGGCUCUUGUUUUACUGCAUUAAAUCUCAAAAUGUCCCAGUGCUUUAGCAUUAAAGAAAGGAAUAAAGCUGUGGGAAACGGCUGUGGAUGAGAUUUGUCAGUGCCAAUGUCCUACAAUUACCUUUUGAUUGAGGCUCUUAUUUCAGAAGUAGAAAUGCAUGUCAUAAAACUGGGGAGGGCUAACAUUGGUAGAUGAAUUAUCAAACCUUACUCAUAAAAACUUUGGAGUUGAAACUGUAAACCUGCAGCUCCCACUUUAACAGUAUAUAUACAACUUCAUCCAGUUAGGAAAGAAUCUUAUUCCAUCAUAGCUAUGAGUGAAUAAAAGCCUGUAACUGUUUCAGAGGUGAAGAUAUUUCAGAAAUUUCAUGUUGAAUGAAACUGUAUUUAUUCAAAAGACACAGCCAAACUUCAAAAGAUACCCUGAUCCAAAAUAAGUGCAUUAAUAAGGUAAUUUGAUGCAAUAAACUGACCAUUAAAUACUUUGAGAUUAACUAUCUCUCUAGUGGGUAAUCUUGAGGUAAGGUAAGCUACUUUACAUGAAAAAAAAAAUCUGGAUCAUUAGAGGUCACGAGCAGCAAUAAACUAAAUAUAGUUAUGAAUGAGCUCGCAACCUCUUUGACGUUGCAGAUGUCACAGUAUAUCAGAACUUGUUAAUGUUGUUAAUGAGAUGAGGCCAAGAUCUGACAUCACUGAGGUUUAUUCAGUAAA